AUGGCGGUCUCUUUAAUAAGGUUAGGAUUGAGAUCCGUUGCAUUCAAUUUGGAGAGGAGUGCAGUUAUAAUAUCUAGUUCCAGUGCCCAAAAUCAGUUUAAAUUGUUUCACACAAAGCCAGUAUGCCAGAACGGCGUAUGCUACCUUCAGGAGCGGGGUGAGGAGCUGGAGACCACCAUCAGCGUACUGAGGCGGUACAGCAAGCACCACGGCAGACCAGAGGAGGACAGGAGGAAAAGGAAGCAGGGGCAGGACAGCGAUAGUGACAGCGACUCUGAUAGCGACACAGAGUGCAAGACGCUGGAAAGGUCGGAGUUCUGGCGGCGCAAGAUGCGCACUGUGCACAACAUUCUGGACGUGGACAAAGACGGAUUGAUCUCAUUCAACGACUUCGUACUGUUCGGGGAGCGGUUCAAGGCCCUUGGACACCUGGACGAUAACCAGGCGAAGGAGUUCUCUGACAUUAUAAAGUUAACUUGGGAAGAACAAUGGGGUGCCAUCGACCCGUAUAAUUUCGUGACUGUGGAGCAAUACCUUGAAGAUAUGCACCACGUGUUGAACGACAAGACCCUCAAGAAGAAGGCGCACCGCUGGCUGCCCUACUUGUUUAAGGCAGUGGACAAGGACAAGUCCGGCUUCAUAUCCGUGAAGGAGUUCAAGCUGUUCUACCAGUGCUUGGGGCUGGACAACGAGCACGCCGCCGUUGCCUUCGCCGUCAUAGAUAUAAACGGGGACGGAAAAUUGUCUAUGAAAGAAUUCGUGAAGCUCGGCAAAGACUUUUUCUUCACAGAAGACGAGAGCAGAGUGUCAAAGAUGUUCUGGGGACCCCUGAUUGAGAUAUAG